AUGGGAAUCCUUGACAUUGUUCCAGCUGGUGUUAUUUCGGGUCACGACGUCUACAAGGUGUAUGACUAUGCCCGUGAAAACCACUUUGCCAUCCCUGCUUUCAAUGUGACGACCUCUUCUGUUGCCAAUGCCGCUCUUGAGGCUGCGCGUGAAGCCAAGGCCCCCGUCAUCAUUCAGGUGUCGAACGGAGGUGCCGCGUACUUCGCUGGUAAGGGCCUUCCGAACGACAAACAACAGGCCUCGGUAGCUGGCUCUGUGGCAUGCGCGCACUACGUGCGUUCGGUUGCCAAGCACUACGGUGUCCCUGUGAUUCUGCACUCGGACCACUGUGCCAAGAAGCUUCUGCCUUGGUUCGAUGGUAUGCUUGCAGCUGACGAAGAGUGGUUUGCCAAGCAUGGCGAGCCUCUGUUCAGCUCGCACAUGCUUGACCUUUCGGAGGAAACGAAAGAAGACAACAUCAAGAUCUGCCUUGAAUACCUCAAGCGUAUGGCUAAGAUCGGUGUCUGGCUCGAGAUGGAGAUCGGCAUUACUGGUGGUGAAGAGGACGGUGUGAACAAUGAGCACGUUCACAACUCGGCCCUCUACACGCAGCCUCAAGACAUCUGGGACAUUUACAAGGCUUUCAGCGAGAUCACCCCCAAUUUCAGCAUUGCCGCUGCCUUUGGCAAUGUUCACGGUGUAUAUAAGCCUGGUAACGUCAGGCUCCACCCCGAGCUUCUUCGUGAGCACCAGGACUUCGUGCGUGAGCAGCUCAAGAUCAACAAGGAGAACCCUGUGUUCCUUGUCUUCCAUGGUGGCUCGGGUUCAGAGAAGCACGAAAUCGCCACGGCCGUGAAUAACGGUAUUAUCAAGAUGAACGUCGACACCGACACCCAGUAUGCCUACCUUGAGGGUAUUCGUGACUUUAUCCUUACCAAGAAGGACUACCUCAUGAGCCAGGUCGGCAACCCUGAGGGCGCCGACAAGCCCAACAAGAAGCAGUACGACCCACGUGUCUGGGUGCGCGAGGGAGAGAAAACCAUGGGGAAGCGUUGCCAGAUUGCUUUUGACGACCUCAAGACUUCAAACCAUCUAUAA